UCAAUGAGUGAAUCAGAAAAAGAGAAAAUUGAACGUGAAAACCGUAAAAGACGAAUUAGGCGAACAAAGCGUAUUGUGAAAGAACAACAAGCAACGCGAGAAUUAAACAAUCGUCAAGAUGAUGUCGAAACGAGAGCAGAAAAAGCAGCCAAAAAAUUGCGAAUUCAAAUGCGGAAAGCUUUAACUAAAACUGCCGCACAAUUUAAAGAAGAGGGAGAGCAACGGCAAAGGGAAAUAUUGCGAGAAAAGAGGCAACGCGAUGAUCAAUUACUUGAAGAAUCUCGUUUACUUCGACAGAGGGAACGUGAAAAACGACGUGCAUUGGAUGAUGAACGUGAUCGUCAGAGGAGCAAGGAUCAGACUGGUCGUCAAUCGAGUAGCACAAUUAGCAACAGCAGAAGGCGUCGACGUUCAUCCUCGAGUUCUGGAAAAUGA